CAGCGAGCGAGUUUACACUGAAACACCGCAAGGGAACCUAUACCAUAUUGGAUUACUGAUUUGCCAAGGACGCGCUGCAAACCUCGAUUCGGGAAUAUACUAAUUGGAGAUUAUCUUUGUGGAUUAUACAAUUACGAACUUCAAUAUGACUCUGGAAGAACUCGGUUGCAAUAUCACUGAGAAAAAGUAAGUUAUUGCACAUUUGUCGUUCAGAAUAGCCUACGCCUUGCUGUAUGUAUAGUGUGUGCAUUGAGAAUCGGCUAGAUGGUUUGGCAGUGGAACGUGAAAUAUAGCCUCAGUACUGAAUUCUGCUCAGUAGUAGCCUAUUCGCAAUUGUGUGCUCAGUAGUAGCCUAUUCGCAAUUGUGGUGCAUAACUAACAUAAUUUAUUUUUCUUGAAGGAUGGAGACCGUGAGUCAAGCACUAGAAGAGCUGCUGGUGGCAGCGCAGCAACAAGACUGCCUGACUUUGGGAGUCUACGAGUCUGCAAAGCUGAUGAAUGUGUAAGUAUUAUUGUAAAUUCUAUCAUUAUUGCCCAUUUCGUAAUAUGGGUCAAUGCAACAUAGCUGCAACCAUGAUGCGCUAUUUAUCUAUAUUUGCUAUUCCUUUUCUUUCUGCAGUGAUCCUGAUAGUGUAGUCUUGUGUGUUCUGGCGACUGAUGAGGAGGACGAGGAUGACAUUGCACUGCAGAUUCACUUCACGCUCAUCCAAGCCUUCUGCUGCGACAACGACAUCAACAUACUGCGCGUCUCGGGCAUCAGGCGCCUCGCUCAGGUUCUUGGCGAGCCAAGCACCGCUGACAGCAACGGCAACGAGCCCAAAGAUCUGCACUGCAUCCUUGUCACUGUAAGUACAGCCUCCUGUCUUCUUAUUUUGAUUACACGCAAUAGGCCUCGUGCAUAAUUGUUAAUCUUGUGCGUAAUUGUUAAUAUUGAAUACAUCGAAAUAAUCGAAAUGCCCUAAUGUCAUCAUAAGUUUCUCAUUCAAGACAUUCCUAACGAUAUCUCCCACUUUUUGUCUACAGAACACCCAGUGCCAAUCUCUGAAAUGCCAAGCGUUGCAGGACGUGGGCAGCUACUGCGAUGAGAGCCGCUGCAAGAACCAGUGGGUACCUUAUCUGGCCCUGCAGGAGCGCUGAACUAACGACCCUCGCUGAGAAACAUGAAAGUAAACAAGUCGUGAAACUAAACAAGUCGUCAUUCUUCAAGAAUGAGAAAGGCAUUCAAGAAGGGGGCAUCAUCGACAGGCCUGUGUCUGCCUGCCCCGUGCCGCUACCCAGUGACGGAGCUGAGAAUGUGCAUGUUCCAAGGGACAAUGCGCAUGCUUCCAUGACGCAUCGGACCCCAGUUCUCUUCCUCCGCGGAAAGGAAAGGUGACGGCCGGAGUGGGGAGUAGAAACGAACUGUAGAGAAGUCUCACUGGUGUUUGCCCAGCCAUGUUGGAGCAACUGGGGGCGGCAGCAUAGCGUGGGAACUGAUUUGCAGUUUCGUUUAUGCAGAGGAGGGACAAAGCAACAUAAUCACAGAGAAUCCAGACUUGAAACUGGGUUUAACCCUAUGCUUUCCGACGUGGAAGUCGGGGUAUUUAUGAUGAAAUGCAAUGUGAGUGACUGCAAUGCUCUACAGUUGGAUGUUAUGAGCAUUGAAGAAGUGUCUUCAGAGCAACAAUGCCUAUGGAUUGUUAUUAUGUGAAAGAUAUUCUGGCUACACUCAUAGCCAGGUGACUGUCAGUUAAGUGGGUCAAAACAUUGCCACAAUGUAACAAUGAAGUCAUGUAUUUUACAUUGACACAACGAACUAAUGUAUUGUUAUUAUUUAAGUUGAACAGAGUAAUAUAUGACAGUGAACUAUCUGCAUUGCUGAAUAUAAUGUUAAACUUAUUUGAAUAAAUUAUUGAACUGAA